AUUGCUGUUACAUUCAUGGAUACUGUCUUUCAAAAUACCACUUUUUUUUUUCUCAAGAAGCUCAAAGUAGUAUAAACUUUGAUAGCUUAUUAGGGAAAAAAAAAAUCCCAAGCAUGGACCACUUGUUAACCUGUUAAUGUGAAAGUGUCUACCCUUUGCUAGACUGCUUUGUCAUUUUUUGUGUUAAGAGAUCACAGUGAUGGGGAAAGUUUGCACAAGGUGAACUUGCAGUAUAGAGUGAGAUGCAAGCAAGUUGUGUGAAUGCAAGUACCAGUUUACUUUCCUGAUUCACAACUGUGCAUGUACAAAUGCUGCAAUUGUAUUUCAGUCAACUGUGAAUAAUCUUUGGACAGACAGUGUAUUUUCCUGUUAUAAUUGCUAAGAUUUUGCUUUUCCAAGAUAUUUUAAGGAUUUAAAGUCAGAUGUAAAUAAAUCUGGUGGUGCUUGUUUGUUAGUCAGUGGAAACUAUGCAAUAUUCAGUAUUUUAUGGGACUUACUCCCUCAGUCACUUUCUUAAAUGUGAAUUUAGAAGCCUAAUUAGGCAGUCCUGGUUUUUUGCUUUUCGUAUUUUCCGAACCACUGGAGUAUAAACAGAAUUCAACAGGAUAUGUGUCCGAGGCAAAGCUGUGGUUUUAGUCUACCAGUAUUUCUUAAAGUCCAAAUAUGAGUUGGUGUUUUAAUCCUUUUUAGUCCUAACUUGGACAUUUAACAUGAGUAGAACAUGCAUAGAAGGUGAUUUGUUUUUAAACCUGUCCAUUCUAUUAGGACUUCACCAGGAGCACUGUCUCACACUAAAGCAUUUUAGAUUUUCUAGAUUUUAUUUGGAUUUCCUAAAUCCAAAAGCUUAAAAAAAUUACUUUUAAGGAUAAAAUUUUAAUUCAAAAAUAGUUUCUAGGUUUUUUUCAAAGCAGAUACUGUGUUUUAUUUAUUUUGACAUAAGAACCACUGUUUUAAAGAAAGUGAAUUACAUUUACCAACUAAGAUGAUGGUUGUAAAAUUGCUUUUUUUGGUAGGAAAACUGCUUAAACAUAUAUAUAUUUAUUAUUGCAUUUUAAAGUGUAAGAUUAUAGGAAAGUGACAGGAGAGAGUGUGUGCUGGAGUAUGUCCAUUGGUGGUUUUUUUCCUAGUUGCUGAGCAUUUAAUGCAGAAGAAUAAAUUAAAUAUUUUGGCAAGGAUAUUUCUAACUCUGUUCUCAGUUGUCUAGCUUGACAGCUUAGUCUAUGCAUGAUGUAGAGAAGAGUUGAAAGGGGAGUGCUCAGUCUAAUAACCCAACCAGUAAUUGUCACUCUUCGAUACAAGGUUACAAAGCAGCAGCAGCAGUGGUUUUAGUUAAUAUGCUAGUAACAGUGUUUAAUAAAUGCAGCAGCUGGAGAGGGCUGAGGAAUCUCGUAACAAAGCUGUAGGAAAGAAUUACAUUAGCUUAUAAAUACUGGUCUGCAGCAAUGUUCAUUUCUCCUGUGGCUUGCACAGUAAGCUUUGUCCUUGUGCUUCAGAGUGUCUCAAAUGUGUUUGUAUGCUGGCAGAAGAGGGCAGCAGCCUUUUGUAACCUGACUGUGUGAUACUGAAAAUACACGGUCCCCCUCCCCAAAUUAGAGUACACUACAUGAAUUUCUCAGUACCGUGACAAGCUUCCCACUUUACAAUUUCAGUCUUACAGUGACACUGAUGAGUGCUUCCAAAGCUGACAUACUGAUUGCUCUUCAAAUGUUGUGUGCAAUUUUUCAAUGAUAUAAAACAGACGGUCAUGUUUAAAAAAUGUCUCGGACCUGUUUGUGAUGGGAGGAGCUCUUGUUCUAGAAUCGGCAGCUCUUUUGCACUGGCUAGAGAGAGAAGGCUAUGGACCGCUAGGGAUGACUGGAAUAUCCAUGGGAGGACAUAUGGCUUCACUGGCAGUGACAAACUGGCCUAAACCGUUGCCAUUGAUUCCGUGUCUUUCCUGGUCAACAGCUUCUGCAGUCUUUACUACGGGUGUGUUGAGCAAGGCAGUGAACUGGAGAGAGCUAGAGAAACAGUACUUUACACAAACUGUUUAUGAAGAAGAAAUCAUUCAGAUGCUUGAAUACUGUGGUACGGAUUCUUUCAAGAUGGGACAAGACUUUGUUAAAAACUUCCCUGACAGUGUGGACAGUCUGGAGGAUGUGGAUGUGACUUCCAGAAUGUUUGACCUUGAUUCCUCAAACAAGACUGUAUCUAAAGAUGAUGUUCACAGCUUUACCGCAAAUAGAAGUACUCUAAGUGCCUCAUCAGAAAGACUCUUAAUACAAGAUGCUCCUAAAAUGCAGUGCAUAAAUCAAACAUUUUCAACCAGUAGCAAUAGCAAUAAAAACUUAACCAGUGAACAAGGACACAGGAUAAAUAAAAGAAGGAGGAGUGACACUUUACAGAGAGAAUCCUUAAGGUUCAUGAAAGGAGUAAUGGAUGAAUGUACUCAUGUUGCUAACUUCUCAGUUCCAGUUGACCCAAGUUUAAUCAUAGUUGUACAAGCUAAGGAGGAUGCAUAUAUUCCUCGAACUGGGGUGCGCAGUCUUCAAGAAAUCUGGCCCGGAUGUGAAAUUAGGUAUCUGGAUGGAGGUCAUGUCAGUGCCUACCUCUUCAAACAAGGACUCUUUAGACAAGCGAUUUAUGAUGCAUUUGACCGCUUUCUUCAGAAAUAUGCAGUUUAAAAAUCUUCAUAAUAUAUUCAAACUGAUCUCAUUUGUACUUCGCUUACUGGAACUCAUAUUUGGAAAACAAGCCUUUUGCAGCGUUGAGUGGAUGGUCACUGACUUUGACUGUUGUAGGUAACAACUAUCAAAAAUGGUGAAGUACCAGCAUUACAUUCAUUUCAGCCAAAUGCCAUUCUGACACACUUGCUUCAGCUUUAUCUGUGAAAAAACAAUGGCAGCCUUUUUUAGUGCACGAAUGGUUCAUGUACUUCAUGUUUAAUCACCUUGUGUAUUCCUUUAAUUCUGAAUAAAUUCUGAAUUGUGUACCAGUUGAAAACAGACCAAUCUAAAUAUUGAAAGAAUGUAAAAUUUGCUGUAGGGCUAAGAUGCUCUCUUGAGUUUAGUGUAUUUCUAGUUUGUUCCAGGUACCUUGGUUUCCUCUUGCUUCCUCGUCCCCUUUCUAUUCCUACUGUGUUGUACUACGGCUUUGCCAGCACUCAGCCUCUUAUGUUUGUCACUGAUUUUCUCUAUUAUGAAUUGAAAAUGAGCUAUAAUAGAAGGGGCAGCAUCAAAUCUUGCAAAAAGAGACUUUCAAAAUUCAAUGAAGAGUGAGAGACACAUUUUCGUUCAAUGCGUCCCUGAGAUUUUUCUGCUACUGAAUUAAACUGUGCCAUUCCAGAAAAUCAUGUAGCAAUUCAUUGGUCAGUUUCACAAAAUGGAAUAAGUGAAAACAGAGUGUCUAGUGAUUAAUUGUUUACAUUCAUUCAGUUGGAUAACAUAAACUUUUUCUUCUAGAAUUUUUUUUUUAGAAUGCUAGAGGAAAUAAAAAUGUAAUCAUUUUUCUUUAGAAGCAGUGGCACAGAGUCUGAUUCUAAGCAGUUAAAUCAACAGCAGAUUUUAUGGUGCUAUAAGGACCUGUUGGAAACAUUUCAGCAGAGGUCCUUUUUAAAGUGCACUCAGUGCGGAUAUGCAAAAUACAGUUUCACUGUGUAAUAUUAAAAAUGUAUGUGAGACAAAGGGUUAUCAAAACAGUUCUGUUAGCUCCUUAUUUUUCAACACUGUUUUUUUUAAUUGGAUGAAAAAAAAAAAUUAUGAACGCAUUUAAGAAAAUCCAAAGUUGUUUCUUCUUUUGGGAUCAAAAAUGCCAACAAAUUACAGUAGAAUAAAAGGUUGUCAUGCAUCAGCUGUAUACAGUAUCUGUCCACAUCUGAUUUUGUGGUAAUCUCCUGUAACAUUCUUUUAAAGUUACUUUGCAGAGAAGUUGAAAACUGAAACACUUCAAUAUUAAUUUUAGUACAGUAAUGACCAGAGUUACACAAAAACAAACAGAAAAACCCAGCCAUUUUUCAUGAUAUGUGACUUUUACACCUUUCAAAUCAAGCACUUCAUUGAUCUCUGUGGUUAGUGUAAUGGUUUUCAAUAGGCAGAGUAUGAAGCAAACAAAGCUCAGUUUAUAUAAAUAUAUUCUCUUGAAUUUUAGUCUGGCAGACAGGACUAGUACCUGGGAGGAAAUAAUGGUUCACUUGAAAAUCAGAUAAGUUCAGGUAAAACUGAAGUGCAACAAUUUGUAAUAACCCAGAUUAUUUAACAUACAAAUGUACUGAAAAUUCAAAAGAAGUUGUGUUCUGUUGAAAGUUAAAUGGCUUGUUUCAAGUGUUUUUUCAUCAUUUUAGACAGUGUUGCUUUCAUAUAUAUUGGGAGCAAAUGUGAAGUGAGCAGCAUGUUUAAAUAUAGUGAAACAAUGUUGGAAGGUUUGAAAUCAAAUAUAAGUAAGCUCACAAAUUUACAGUUGAAGGCUUGAAUACUAUACUAAAAGAUUUAUGGGGUUCACAUUUUACAAGCUCGUUCAUCAACUAAGAGUGUUUUACAAGACCAUUAUCUGCUGUUCACCAGCUUUUUUAGAUCUCACAUUUUAAAUGUGUUUGUGUGCUUUGUGUCCUGUUUCUGUUGCAGCUACGAGAAAGGGAGAUAACUGGUGGCAAGGGAAAGGGCUUGAAUAAAUGGAAGAGAGAGAAAAGACAGAUUUUGCAAGGCAGGGAGUAAGUGCAAAAAAAAAAAUCAACUUCUCUAUGCUACGAAGUAUAACAUGCCAAAGUAAAUAUUUUCAAAGCGCACAAUACUAGGAAUUACACAACUGAUGGGAACUUGACAUCCUGAGGUUAGUGUUCUGAUGAUAUUACUAACGAGGUUUAACUUGCCAAAAGGGCAUACUAUUCACAGAAGCAGAUUCAUGCUAAUGUAAUCCUGUUCGUGAGACUGUCUUUUGGGAUAAGUAGUGAAAGACUGGUCUCUGACAAGAAUGAGAAAUCACACUUUGCUAUGUAACUAAAGUAAUGUUGCCAAAUAUGAAAGCCCAGUAAGAAGCAUUUAAGAAAUUUCUCAGGUUAGAAUAACAAAAAGGAAAAAACGAGCUCUGUGGUCUAUUUCUGCCAGUUAUCAGACACAGAAAGCUAUUACCUGGCCUGUGAAGGGGGAAGUCUUGCUAUGUAAAUGUUUUUAACCUUUGGAAAAUUGACUUUUUAAAUCAGAUUUUAAGGUUAAAUCCUAAGAAAGCAUUAUUAAUAAUCCAUUUUGAUGUUAAAUGAGAAUGUGAUUUUAACCCAGCAAUUGCAUGAGAAAAAUACUGGAAUAAGGUUCCUGCACUAAAUCCAAAUAGCAGGUAAGCCAUUCUGUAUGUCUUAAAUUUAUUGUAAAACUGGCCUUGAUCAUUUUUUGGUUUUAACGUUUUUCAAUAAAAAUCCUAAAAAACCA